AUGAGCAUGUUGUGCAGAUCGGCGCCAAUCCGCAGCUGUGCGGCAAGGCUGGGUCUCUCCCUGGGUGUGGCGGGCGUGGCGCGUGCGGCGGGCGUGGCCCGGCAGAAACACACUCUCCCAGAUCUCAGUUAUGACUACGGCGCCCUGGAGCCGCACAUCUGUGCAGAGAUCAUGCAGCUGCACCACAGUAAACAUCACGCCACAUACGUCAGUAACCUUAACGUGACCGAGGAGAAGUACACGGAGGCCCUGGCCAAGGGAGACGUGUCCCUGCAGGUGGCGCUGCAGCCUGCGCUCAAGUUCAACGGUGGCGGGCACCUCAACCACAGCAUCUUCUGGACCAACCUGUCCCCAAGCGGAGGAGGGGAGCCUCAAGGGGCGCUGAAGGAUGCGAUCCAGAGAGACUUCGGGUCGUUCCAGAACCUGCAGCAGCGCAUGUCUGCAGCCACUGUGGCCGUGCAGGGCUCCGGCUGGGGCUGGCUCGGCUACGACACGGAGAGCGGGAGGCUGCGCAUCGCUGCGUGUGCCAACCAGGACCCCCUGCAGGCCACCACCGGCCUGGUCCCUCUGCUGGGCAUCGAUGUGUGGGAACACGCCUACUACCUUCAGUACAAAAACGUGCGUCCAGAUUAUGUCAAGGCCAUUUGGAACGUCAUCAACUGGGAGAACGUCAGCGACAGACUCAAAGCAGCUCAGAAGGACCAGAGUCUGCUCUGUGUGGCUCACAGGGACCAGAGUCUGCUCUGUGUGGCUCACAGGGACCAGAGUCUGCUCUGUGUGGCUCACAGGGACCAGAGUCUGCUCUGUGUGGCUCACAGGGACCAGAGUCUGCUCUGUGUGGCUCACAGGGACCAGAGUCUGCUCUGUGUGGCUCACAGGGACCAGAGUCUGCUCUGUGUGGCUCACAGGGACCAGAGUCUGCUCUGUGUGGCUCACAGGGACCAGAGUCUGCUCUGUGUCUUUGAUGAAGCACAAAUACAGACUCGUUUCCCUCUGAAGUGGAGCUCGUACCUGUAA